CCAGCAUAUAGUUCAAAUCAUAGUUGGGUGCCUUUAAAAAUACUAUUGGCAACCAUACUUUCAUUUUGCUACUCAAUAAUCAUAUAGUAUAUGUUUGUAGAAAGUGAAUGAAAAUGAACCCACAUAGAAAGAUGUUUCAUAUUGUUCUAAAAACAACUAUAGUAUUAGUAUUGUUGUGCUUAUUGAAAGAGAAUUCAGCAGAUCCACAGAUUAAUCUGUUAAACAAGGGUUGCAGCACAUUCACUGUAGCUGAUUUGUUGGACUUUAACACCAAUCUGAACGCAACAUUCUUGGACCUCAAGGAACAGCUAAUCAACAACAACAAAAGCAACCAUUUUGCCACUUCUCAACAAGCAAGGGGUUCAGACCCAGUCUAUGCCAUGUUCCAGUGUAGGAAGUACCUGUCUAUGGAUGAUUGCAUCGCAUGUUUUAAUACCGCCACAUUUUAUAUCCGCAGUCACUGCAAUGCAUCCAACGGUGCCCGUGUUACCUAUGAUGGCUGCUUUUUAAGGUAUGAAAGCAACGCAUUCUAUGACCAAUCCACAAUGCCUGGCCAUGUUGGUUUCUGUGGGAAACGGAAUGCAUCUCAGAGUAAUGCAUUUGUUGAGACAGUGGAGAGAGUGCUAGCAGAGCUCCAAGUUGCAGUCCCAAGAAUUGAUGGUUUCUUUGCAGCAAUCAAGAAGAAAGUGGGUGGUGGUGAUAGUGGUAAUAACAUGACAGUGUAUGGUGUGGCACAAUGCGUGGAGUCAGCCAGUAAAGGUGGUUGUCAAGAAUGCUUGAAGGUGGCGUAUGGCAACAUUGAGAGAUGCCUUCCUGAAACUGGUGGUAAGGCAGUGGAUGCUGGGUGUUUCCUGAGGUAUUCAGACACACCAUUCUUUGCUGAUAACCAAACUACUAAUAUCACACCCUUUCUAAGAAAUGGUGAUUCAAAGAAGAAGAAAUUCAUCAUUGGAGGAGGAGUUGGAGGUGUAUGCCUUUUAUUGAUCAUUGUAUUCUUGGUUUAUUGGUAUAAACUAUCAAGAAAGCGGAAGGAAGUGAUUAGAGAUGGCAUAUUAGGAGCAUCUGAGUUGCGAGGCCCUGUGAAUUACAAGUAUAAUGUUUUGAAAUCAGCUACAAAAAAUUUUAGUGAAGAAAACAAAUUAGGUGAAGGAGGCUUUGGUGAAGUAUAUAAGGGUAUUCUGAAGAAUGGGAGAGUAGUUGCAGUGAAGAAGCUAGUCAUAGGCCAAUCCCGCAGAGCAAAGGCAGAUUUCGAAAGUGAGGUCAAGCUUAUAAGUAAUGUUCAUCACAGGAAUCUUAUUCGUCUUCUUGGAUGCUGUAGCAAAGGACCAAAACUACUUCUCGUUUAUGAAUUCAUGGCAAACAGCAGCCUUGACAAAUACUUAUUUGGUGAAAGAAGGAGCAUUCUCAACUGGAAACAACGUAAUGAUAUUAUAGUUGGCACAGCUAGUGGUCUUGCUUAUCUACAUGAGCAAUUCCAUGUAUGUAUCAUUCACAGAGAUAUAAAAACCAGCAAUAUUCUUCUUGAUAACGACAUGCAGCCCAAAAUUGCAGAUUUUGGGUUGGCAAGACUUUUGCCAGAGGAUCAAAGUCAUCUCAGCACCAAUUUCGCAGGAACAAUGGGAUACACAGCACCAGAGUAUGCAAUCCAAGGUCAAUUAUCAGAGAAGGUUGAUGCAUACAGCUUUGGCGUUGUUGCCCUUGAAAUUGUUAGUGGCCAAAAGAUUACCAAUGUGAAUGUUGAUGCUGACAGCGAAUAUCUACUUGAACGGGCCUGGAGACUCUAUGUGAAUGAUAUGCACUUGGAGUUGGUGGACGAUAAUUUAGCCCCAGAUGAGUAUAAAGCAGAAGAUGUGAAAAAAGUCAUAGAGAUAGGCCUCAUGUGCACUCAAGCAUCAGCUUCCUUGAGACCCACAAUGUCUGAAGUCGUCGUUUUGCUCAAAAGCAAGGGCCCUCUGGAGCAUAGGCCGCAAAAUAGACCUGCCUUUGUUGAUUCUGAUACAAGAGUAGUCCAUGGAGACACAUCCACCUCCAACGGCUCCUCUAGUUCCAAUGCCACUGCCUCCAACUCUCAGCUCUCUGGUCGUUGAGUUGUAAAUGUGCAAAAUUUUUGUGUGA